UUAUCACGAUCUUCAAUUAGUGCUUUAUUGAUGAUAUAUCGGCCAACGUGAACUGAUCAGCUUCGUAUUUGGGGGUCACGCGCUGCUAUUAACGGCGGUGGCAGGUCUGUUCUGUUCACAGCUCGAGCUCUCCAAGUCCAUCCCUUGGUGCUCCCAAGUGAACUAACUAUUCAAGAGAUUCCUCAACAUGACUUCUCAAGAACAAAAGAUAGAAAGGUAGGAACGAUACUGUCGCAAAAGGAACAGCGAGAGUGAAUGGCCGGGAAACGGCCGGGAAGGUGAUAAAUCUGUUGCGUGCAAAGCUCCUCGGAUUUGGGAGCAGCCUCUGUACCAUCCAUGACGCCGGCCGGUGGUGUUCAUGAUCAGUUCGAGUUCGAUGUUUUCCUGAGCUUCACUCGGGAAGGCGACCUCCUUAAUGGCUUCACUGAAGGUCUCUGCGCAGGCCUCAAGCAGAGAGGUGUGCGUGCCUCCUUUGGGGAGCAGGAAAAGAGUUUGGAUGAUGCGGUGGAUCAGAAGGCGGGGGCGGCGCUCAGGGAGAUCGAGGUGUCGGAUAUCUUCCUGCCCAUCUUCUCCAGGGGAUUUGCGGAUUCCAAGCUCCGCCUUACGCAGGUGGCGGAGAUGGUGGAACGUAGGCGCUUGAUACUUCCCGUGUUCUACGACGUCGAGCCUCGGCAAGUCAGGAACCAGAAGGGCCCCUUCGAGACCGCGUUCAGGAAGCAUGAAGAAAGCCAAGACUUAGAUGAGAAGAUGGUGGAGAGAUGGAGGGCUGCUCUGAGAGAAGUUGGGGAGACUAAGGGAUACGAUAUGCAAACCGAGGCUGAUGGGAAAGAAGGUAAAAUCAUUCUGUUGAUUGUGAAGGAUGUUUUGGAUAAAGUGAAAAAGGUGGCGUUGGAUGUAGCGAAAUACCCUGUUGGGCUUGAUUCUCGUGUGAAACAUAUGAUGAAGUUGUUGGAUGUGGAAACCCCUGGCCUUCGAAUGGUUGGCAUCGUUGGGAUGGGGGGAGUCGGGAAGACAACCCUCGCAAAGGCCGUUUACAACAGAAUUUCUUCCAGGUAUCAAGCUAGCUGCUUCUUUUCAAAUAUCAAAGAUGUGUCAGAAAAAUUUGGUGGGCUCGUCGCACUGCAAAAGCAACUGAUCUCUGAGGUUCUGAGAGACAAAUAUGCAUCCAUACAUAAUGUUCAGGGGAUCAACCUCAUCAAAAGAAGAAUACACAGCAAGGCUGUUCUUAUUGUCCUUGAUGAUGUGAGUGAUAUUAGCCAACUUCAAGCAUUGGCUGGUGAACGGAAUUGGUUUUCUCCAAGAAGCAGAAUCAUCAUUACGACAAGAAAUAAGCACAUACUGAACUUGCUAGGAUUGGAAGAAGAUGAGGUCUACCAGCUUGAAGAAUUGAAUCUGAGGGAAUCGCUUCAGCUAUUCAGUUACCACGCCUUUGGAACUGCCAAACCAAUUGAGAAAUUUGUGGACUUAUCCAGGAAAGUGGUAAGGGUUACGGGUGGACUUCCCCUUACACUUGAAGUGUUAGGGUCUCUUUUCUUUGACAAGAAUGACCCAAAAGAAUGGGAGGUCUUGGUGGUGCGAUUGAAAAGGGAUCAGUCGAAAGAUGUUCACUUAAGGUUAAAGAUAAGUUAUGAUGGAUUGGACGUGAAUGAGAAGCAAAUAUUUCUCGAUAUAGCAUGCUUUUUUAUCGGAAAGGGCAAAGGAAACGCGAUCCACAUGUGGAAAGAUUCCGAUUUCUUCCCAUACAUUGGUCUCAAAGUUUUAUUGCUGAAGUCUCUAAUUAAAAUUAACAAUGGUGAUGAGUUUGAAAUGCACGACCAACUUCGAGAUAUGGGCAGACAAAUUGUGGUCGAAGAAGGCCCUUUGAGGCCUGGGUUUCGUAGUAGGCUUUGGGAUUCUUGCGAAACACUGGAAGUGUUACAUGACCUAGAAGGAACGAGUAACAUUGAAGGUAUUGUCCUUGACCUUGGGAAGGAAAACCUAACAGAUUUGGAAACUAAGGCUUUUGCUGCAAUGUCCGGGCUCAGACUGCUUCAUAUUGUGAAUGUAAACUUUGUUGGUGAGCUCACUUGCAUUCUCAACAAAGUAAAAUGGUUGGAAUGGAAAGGAUGCCCUUUCAAGUCAUUGCCUCCUGAGUUUAAUCUUCAGGAAGUUGUUGUUCUGGACAUAUCUUUCGGCAUGAUGAGUGAAGUUUGGAACCAAAACGUGUCGAUGAUCAAGGCCUUUGAUAGAUUAAAGGUGCUCAAUCUCAUGAACUGUAUGCAUCUUACUGCUACACCAGAUUUUUCUUGCACUCCACACAUAGUAAAAUUGAUGCUCGAUGGAUGCCAUAUGUUGGCCCAAGUUCAUGAAUCCAUUGGAUGCCUUAAGUCUUUGAUUAACUUGAGUAUGAGAGAUUGCUACCAACUAAAGGAAUUACCUGACAAUAUUUGUCAACUGAGUUCUCUUGAAACACUUAGCCUUUCCAGAUGCUCCAAAGUUUCAGUAUUGGCAAAACAUUUGGGAGAUAUGGAAUCAUUAAAACAUCUCAUACUUGACCAGACAAAAAUAAAGGCACUACCUGACUCCAUGAAACAGCUGAAGAAGCUCAUUCUACUAUCUUUAGAUGGGUGCAGAUCAUUGACAGAGCUUCCUGAAUGGAUAGCAAGCAUGGAAGCUUUGAGGAAAUUGACAUUGCAAGGCAGCACAGUGGAAAAAAUACCAGAAUCCGUUGGACAUUUGACCAACCUCUCUACGCUAAAUGCUGAAGGUUGUAGUAUUGUAGCUUUGCCCCAUUCUAUUGGCAGCGCAAAGAGCCUGAGGCGGAUUUAUGUUGAUCAUACAGCAAUCAAGGUGGUGCCUGAUUCAAUUGGAUCCUUGGAAAGACUUGAGAUAUUAUCAUUAGAUGGUUGUAAUGGCAUCAAAUCUCUGCCUUCCUCGAUUGGGCUUCUGAAAAAUCUUGCCGAAUUAUCAAUUGGUGCACAAGUGGGAUCCUCUGGUGGUAUAAAAGAGCUCCCUGAAGGCUUUGGAAGGCUCACUGCUUUGAGGCGUUUAAACAUGGAUAAUAACCUUGAGCUUCUCACAGUUCCUUCUAGUUUUUUCCAAAUCAGCUCAUUGGAGAAUUUGAGCGCCCGUGGCUGUAACUGGCUAGAAGGGAUAGAUGGAAAUGAUUUUAGUAAAUUGUCCUCAUUGAAAGAAUUGGACUUGGCACGCGGUAAUUUCUACAUUCUACCUUCUUUGGCUAACUUCUCUUUUCUGAAGACCCUUACUUUGAGCUUUUGUGAAAGGCUUUUGUCAAUUCCUCAGCUUCCAUCCUCCUUAGAAAAACUUUUUGCAAUGAGUUGCUCUUCUUUAGCAAUUAUCUCUGAUGUUUCGAACUUGAAGGCCUUGGGAGUGCUAAACCUUGAUAGAUGCGCAAUGCUCAUUGAUGUUCAUGGCCUUGAAAAAUUGAGAUCCUUGGAGGACUUGACAUUGGACAACUGCAGUAAUCUUUCUCAUGCUCUAAGGAACAGACUGAAGGAUGCGGAGUUUGAAUACUUAUCCCGCUUCACAAUUUCUGGUACUAUGGGCCUUCACCAGUGUAAUGAUCAAGGCCUAUCUUUCGUUCUUCCCAAAAUGUUCAGAUGCAACAACCCUCGAUUGCAAAUAACUGGAGACUUCAAGGGCAGGAGGGGUAUAGCUGUUCAUAUCAAAGUCAUGGUGGACAGCCUUUUGCUUUUUCAGACGACACGUCAACCUAAUCUCGAACUCGAUGACUAUUGCAUAUGCAACUUUGACAAGGGCGAUGAGAUGCUGACGCAUAUCGGAAACAGGUAUAGCAUAAUGCAUGUCUGGACAGAUGGCUUCCCUAUGUUGGGAGCCACAAUCUACAUGGGGAACGCGGAAAGCUUUUAAAGCAUCUGCAAAGAACCCAUGGGAAACUAGAUGCAGAGCAAAGGUCAAGGCAGGACAUUGUUCUGUCAGCUACUCAUAGUGGGUGUAUGGAAAAUGACAUAAUGUCUUCUUGGACAAGCUGCACAGCUCGAAAUUUUUCAGUGAGUAUGAAUAAUAAUAUAGAUUUUCUUUUGUCUCAACCUACAGCUUCAAAGCCAUCUUCAGAAGAUUGAUGACCAGUAGAAGAUAAAGGUAUUAUAAUACCAGCCUUUUGUCCUGCGUUCUUUUUGAAACUAUCUGUGUCAUAAUUCUCAGGAAGGGAAAGAAAAUUUUAUUAGACUUCCUAAGUCAACGCCUCCAUCAAGCUUCUCAGCAUGCAUUAUUCGUUGAAGAGAAAUUGAAAAACAAAGGUGGGAUGCAGGUCCAAAUGGUUUUUCAGUAUGAAAAACAAAGGUUGGUGUUCAUGUAUCUACUGCAAAGUAGCGCAACGGUCGAAUUUAAAGAAGGGCAGACGAUAGCUGGUGGUUAGAUACUUAACAUCAGGAGGUUUUUGACAGAAAUUCUAUCAUUUCAGUGAUACGUGAAGCAGAACAGAGGAGAAGAGGAAAAUGAACUCUAAAAUGCUUUUGUAUAUCACAAUGAAUUGCUUUUGCUUCCUUUAAAAUAUUAUGUCAUUUUCUGGGUGUGAAACUAAACUACGCAUACCAAUGAUUUAACUUUGUGUUUUACCCUAAAUUUGAUAA